AUGUUAUUUUUGUGUACAUUAUUAAAAUUACGAAACAUCACUCCAACUUCUGUUGAGAGAUUGAGUUUGAGCCUUACUGAUUUUUUCUCUGGUGAGACUACUCCUGAUGCUGUCAAAUUCAAAAUUAAAGGUGGUUCCAAGUCUGUUGGUCAACCUGGCUUGAUGGGUGCUUCUUCAUCAUCUGUUCAUGAGAAUGUCUCCCGAGUUGAGUUUGAGGAAUUAAAAAAGAGUCUAUCUGUUGUUGUCAGCCAGCAAGGGAUACUUAUGAAAUCUGUUGCUGAGAUGAACAAGAAGUUGGACAUUCUUAUUGAGUCAUCCCAAGGUGGUCAUACUCACAAUGGAUCUCAGUCUGAAGAUGCUCUUCGUUCUUCAGAAAAUGAGGAUGAUGAAGAUUCCACUUCAGAGGAAGAUGAGGAUGAUAAAAUCGAGGAUGACAAAGGAGAUGAACAUCAUGAGGAUGAAACUGAUGAUGAUGAUGAUGAUGAUCUUGAUGGAGCUGGUAUUGGUGCUGGUCAGGAUGAGGCUCACACGGGGGAUGUUAGUAAUGAUGAGGGUGUUGUUGUCCCCGAGAUUGUUUCGAGGGAUGAUGAUACCGGCAAGGUGGAUGAUGCCAAGAAGUCUGACCCUGUGGAACCUGUUGCAGAGAUCAAACAGCCUGAACAGUCUCAAGGUGGGGAGGAGAACAUUGAUGUUGAUGCAACAAUUGCAUCUGCUGUUAAAGCUGUGGAGAAUUUGAUUGGUUCCUCAACUCAUGUCCCUGCUUCUGUUGAGACUUCUGAGAAGACUGAUCUUGAAAUGGUUGUUUUUCAAGAGACUCCUAUUUUACGUCCUCAAAAGAGGGAUCGGAAGAAAGGAGCUGUUUUGAAAUCUCCAUUCAUUGAGCUUGCUUCUGGUGCAUCUAAAUCAGGUUCAUCCUCAGUUUCUCCUGAUGAUUCUGUUUAUAAGGUCGUUAAAUAUGUGCGUGGUUUGUGCCCGUUGGACAACAAGAUUGGUGAACCUGUCGAUCCGCAAUUGGAAGCUGAGUUUGUCACGUGGGUUGAUACAGGUCUUAGAAAGCAUAAAUCUAAGUAA